UAGGUUUUCGGGCUAGUCAGUCAUUUUUUGCCGCUGUCUGAUUGGCUGAGGGGCGGGUCAUUCAAUUGAAUGAGUAGCGGAAGUAGAUUCGGACGCUGGUGCUCAUUUUGACAGGAGUGAACGCACAAUUCAGUGUGGAGAGGAAUCAAGCUGCCUAAGGACUGAAAUGGUGGACUCUCAGUAUUACCUCCCAAAUGACAUCGGGAUCUCUGCUCUGGAUUGCCGGGAGGCUUUCAGGCUGCUGUCUCCCAAAGAGCAACUGUAUGCACACUACCUCUCUCGGGCAUCCUGGUACGGUGGCCUGGCCGUGCUGAUCCAGACGUCUCCAGAGUCUGCCAACAUCUACGUACUGCUGCAAAAAUUGUUUCGCGCACAGGCGCCACUGCAGCUGAAGGCAGCGGCUACUGCAGCUGGACUGAGCGCAGAGGAAUAUCAGGCCUUCCUUGUAUAUGCUGCUGGGAUUUAUGCAAAUAUGGGGAAUUACAAGUCGUUUGGGGACACCAAAUUCAUCCCCAACCUACCAAAGGAGAAGUUCAAGGCUCUGGUGUGGGAGAGUCUGGCGUUUCAGGAGAGCCCCGGUGACAUAGAGGCGCUGUGGGGCUCCUGCUCUGAGCCCCUCUACUCCCUAGAAGACAAGAAGAAACAGCUCGGUCUGGGUGAGAAGGGGAUCACGACUUACUUCUCAGGGAACUGCUGCUUAGAAGAUGCAGAGUUUGCCCAGAAAUUUCUGGACUCCAAGAAACUGAGUGCCUACAACACCCGUCUGUUCAAGACUGAAAUAGAUGGCAAGCGGUGCUAUGAGGUGCGUUUGGCAUCUGCUGAGAAGGCGGACUGCUGUGAUGCUGAGAAGGACGGUGAAAAUUUUUGUGGCAGAUAUGAAUUUGAGGAUGCUGUGUUCUCUGUUAAGAGGGGCGAUUAUUCCUUCCUUAUGGAGAAAGUGUGUCAGAACUUGGAGAAAGCCAAGGCUCAUGCAGCCAAUGAGAACCAGAAGAAGAUGCUGGAAGAGUAUAUCCGCAGUUUCACCUAUGGCUCAGUGGAAGCCCACAAAGAAGGGUCCCGUUAUUGGAUCAAAGACAAAGGACCUAUUGUGGAGAGUUACAUUGGAUUUAUUGAGAGCUACAGAGAUCCAUUUGGCUCAAGGGGUGAAUUUGAAGGUUUUGUUGCUGUGGUGAACAAGGCCAUGAGCGCUCGCUUUGCUCAGUUGGUGAGCUCAGCCGAGGUCUUGCUUCCAGAGCUGCCUUGGCCUCCAGCCUUUGAGAAGGACCGCUUCCUCAAGCCAGACUUCACCUCUCUGGAUGUGCUUACCUUUGCCGGCAGCGGCAUUCCUGCAGGAAUCAACAUUCCAAACUAUGACGACAUCAGACAGACAGAAGGUUUCAAGAAUGUGUCCCUUGGGAAUGUGCUGGCUGUUGCGUAUGCCACGCAGAAAGACAAGCUCACCUUUCUUGAGGAGAAUGACAAGGAUCUGUACAUCAAAUGGAAAGGUCCCUCUUUUGAGGUGCAGGUUGGACUCCACGAGCUGCUGGGUCAUGGCAGCGGGAAGCUCUUUGUUCAGGAUGACAAGGGAAAAUUCAACUUUGAUCAAACCGCUGUUUGUAAUCCAGAAACGGGGGAACUGAUCUCGAGCUGGUACAAGGGCAGCGAGACAUGGGACAGCAAGUUCUCCACCAUCGCCUCGUCCUAUGAGGAGUGUCGAGCUGAGUGUGUAGGUCUGUACCUAUGUCUCAACAAACAGGUGCUCAGUAUUUUCGGGCAUGAAGGGGAGGAUGCAGAGGAGGUGGUGUAUGUAAACUGGCUGACCAUGGUGCGUGCCGGCCUGCUGGGACUGGAGUUUUACACACCAGAGAGCAAGAGCUGGAGACAGGCUCACAUGCAGGCCCGGUUUGUGAUUUUGCGGGUUCUGCUGGAGGCUGGAGAAGGACUGGUUGGUCUGAAGGAGUGCACAGGGACAGAUGGACGACCAGAUGCUGUCAUAACACUCGACCGCAGCAAGAUCAACACAGUGGGCAAGAGCGCCAUCCAGAGGUUCCUCUGUAAACUGCAGGUACAUAAGUCCACAGCCGAUGUAGAGGGAGGAAGGGCUCUGUAUGAAGGCUACUCUGCUGUGACUGCUGAUGGCACCCACGAUUUCCUGCGCCUCAGAGAGACGGUUCUGCUCCGUAAGGAAGCUCGUAAGAUGUUUGUCCAAGCUAAUACCUACAUCAAAGGUUUGUGUUCAGCCUCCUUCCUUCAGCCAUACACUGAAAAUUACCAUUUUUGGUCAGAGACACACAGCUACAUAUAUACAAAAGAAGAACAAUGUGUUGCUGUUUGUUUUGUAGAUGAUGCUGUGGAGCUGGUUGAGUAUGAAGGCAGUGCUGAAGGGCUCGUCCAGUCCUUCGUCGAACGCUUCCCUGAUGAUGGCGAGGAGGUAGAGGCCCAGCUUCUGGAAAUGACCCUCACGGAUUCCACCUGCUGGUGCUGAGAGGACACAGUGCCGUGGAAGACAUCGUCUCAGACGAGUAUUAGACCACACUGAGUCACAGCAACUUUCGGAACGGAACAAAAGGCUCCAAAGAGCACAAGGAAGGGACUGGUAAUGAUUAUAAAACCAUUCACAUGUUGGAGGAAGGAAGAACCACACUUAAACACAGGAACAUAACAACAAGUGCUUUACCUUCCCAUUGUUUUUUCUUUCUAUUUUGUCUGUUCAUUUCUAAACAAAGGCAACGUUGAUUAGAGUUUUAAAUAGAAAUUUCUGUUCCAGUUUCGAAUCCGACCGCAGCCCACGCUUCCCACAUAGGCAUGUGAAAGUGCUGACAAGAGUGAACUUGCUGUGUGAGGGUGGGACUUAUGUAAUCACAACACGUAACACACAUUCUCAAAUUACUUUAAAAUGGAAACAACUUCAGAUCAUAUUUAGUGUUCUAGAGUUCAUAUGCUGAUUCACUGAUAUCUAGGAGAAAUGGUAGCAUUCAUUCUUAAGAAUGUAAAUUUCAUUGAUUUACAAGAUUUUCAGUUCCUCAAAGUGUUCAGUGUGGACUGUGAAAACCAACAGUUCCUACCAAAUAAAAUCAAUUAUUUCCGAA